AUGGCACCAACACCCUCCUCGGCCGCACAAGCUGGUUCCGCCACGCCGCUCUCGUCACCAGUUGCAACCACAUCCUCGCGUCGGCGAGCGCAGGCGGCUGACAGCAGCACUCGCGUGCUCCAGAACCACUAUCCCCCCAAGGAGCUCGACACGCCCAUCGCCGACGAACCUUCGUCGCCCUUUGUUCCCUCCGGCUUGGCAGUCCGCGCUCCCAUCGUCAUCCGUCCAUCAGGCCGUCCCGGUUUCAGCGCGCCAAAAGCCGCCACCUUCUUCCUCGGCAAAGAUCACGAACGAUGGAGACAGUACGACCGCGAGCGCUUCUCUGGCCUCUUCAGCUGGGAGAGGGUUGCCAGCGCCAUCAGCAGCCACAGCCGCAGCCAUCGCGGCAGUCGCGGUGCCUUUUCGUCGCACUCCUCCGGCUCGGACGAUGAGCACAGCGACAGCGGCAACUCGUACCGAUCCAGUCGCUCCAGAUCUUCGCGAUACAGCGGCAGCCGUCGUCCGUCCGAAGGCAUCACGCCUCCCAUCACACCCUUCGACUCCGCCGAUCCAUUGUCCAGACCAAGACGAUUUUCCACCAACGGUCCCGAAGCCGCUUUUCAAAGACACGAGACGGUCAUCGGCAUCCACACGCCCAGACGCCGUUCCUCUGCUUCGUCCGACGCGCUGCCCUUCCUGCGUCCUCUCGCUCAAAUCAAUCCUCCCAGUGCAAAGGCAAGCAGCGCAGAUGCAUCGGAGCCCGGAUCCACCGAUGUCGACGUCACUGCCAACGCCGUUGAAGUCAAGAAACGGCAAAAGAAGCUCAGAGAUUCACAUCAAGAGCACGCCUCCCCCAAGAAGAAGGAGAAGAAGUCGUCCAAGUCGCAUACAGCCAAGACACGAACCAAAGACGCACCCGUUCCCAACAAGGCGGGUCCGCAUGGUAUUCUCGACCUGGACGACGCUGCACGCCCCCAUCUGCGCCGCCUCCGCUCAAAUCUGCAAGAGGCCGCUGCAGCAGCAGCUGCGUCCAGUCCGAGCUUGGACGAAGCUCGCGAAGAUGCGCUCGAAGAAGCCGUGGGCAUGCAUGUCUCGCUUUCAGAUGCCGCCUUGGAUGGAAAGGGUCCUCUAAGUGCCCAAGAUCUACGUUCCCUGUUGCCCGCAGAACACCGAGCAUCGACGCCACGUUCCCCAGCACGAGGCGCUUCGCCGCGUGCACCUCCGCUGAAGCUCGCCCAAAGGCUGCAGCCACAGAAGGUAGAGGGCACCCUCUACGACAAGACCGGACCGUACCGCGAGGGCGCUGUUACCGACGGUCUCAGCGUGAGGCUUUUCAGCGCCGAGUCCGAACCUCGCACAAGCUCGUUUGAGGAUGCAGACCUGUCCAACUCGGAGCAUCCCGUCACCAAGCCGUGGGGCCGAAGAGGUUCCAGCAGCAGCUACGACGGGAGCGAAGACGACGCUGUGUUCAUGCAGACUUCCCGCCGCAGGUCCAACAGCUCUGGUGGCGACAAUCGACGCUUGUCGCCAAAGCCAUCCUUCACCGACGCUACAGAUGCGGCGGCUGGCUCGGCGAUCGACGACAAUAGCAGCGAGGUGUACCUCAUCACCACGCCGGACAACCGUGUCUCUUCGGCUGCCAAGCUACGAAGAUGGGCCAUGGACGGCGCUGGUAACUUUUACGCAGCCAUGGAGAUCAAGAGCAUCGAAGCCAAGCUGAGAGCUGCCGAUCCUUCCGCCGGCCGCGUCACACGAGAGCUCACCAAGGAGCUCGAAGAGACUUACCUCGACGACAUUCUCGACGAGGUCCAAAAGGCGCAAACGCUCAACCCUACACGUAGCGGUGCGGUUUCCAAGAUACUCAAAACGGAGGACGAACGGUACAUCCGACUAGAGGAAGACUAUCCCGAAGAAGCCUUCUUCGUCAUUGCCGGCUGCGAAGAAGCUGAGCUCAAUGGCGUCAUCCUCACCAUCUUUGUCCAAGCGAUUCGCACGCUAGCCCGCUUCCAUGCUUCAGGCUGGAUGCACGGCGAUGUCAAGCUCGAGAACCUCAUGUUCGACGAGAAUGGCGAUCUGGUCGUGAUCGACUACGAAAAUGCAAAUCCGUACCGAGGCAUCCCCGGAGGAGACGGUCAGGUGCAGCUGGUCAGCUACGAUUGGAUCCCACCGGAGGCGUGUCCGGGGCCCAUGGGCCGACGUAUGGGGCCAAGCGGAGAUUUGUGGGCACUCGGAUGCAAUCUGAUCCGCGCCUUCGCUUUGAGGGAUGGAGUCGAAGAUUCUGCGAUUCGAGAGACGUUGCUGGGCAGAGGUCAAAAGGCGUUCUUGGACAAGAUGAGCAAGUUGGUGACACGCAAGGAGCGAGGCAGUACGAAUGAUACCCCGGCCGACGACUACUUUGCGCCUAGACGUGUGGACGACAAGGACAAGUCUGGCGGCGUGGCUGGGAUGCCGUGGGAUAUUUUUGCCCAUCACGUCGAUCUCGAGCCCAUCCUCAAUGACACUGUUGUGGAAGACGAACCUUCCUCCAGCCAUACAAGAUGGUCUUGCGACUCCACCAGCAUAGACGACAGCUAUUGCGACUCUCACGCCAGCGCGGCCGCAACGCCAGACACAUCCAUCGCACCGUCAUCCGGUCGGACUUCACCCAAAACCCUCCUCCCCACCGACCCUUUGCCGAGCCCCAGCCGUCUGCUCUACCGCUUCGCACGAUCCGAGCCCGAACUCCUGGCCUUCGUACUUUCCCGCUGCGUCGUCGCUUCCGUCUCACAACGCAACAUUGCGGAAGCAGAAGCAGAAGCGCUGCAGCUGGCAGACUGGUUCGAGUCGAACAAGAGAGACACGUUGGACGCUGGUAAGAGAGCCGUCGAGGGCGCCAUAGAGAUGAGCGGUAGCGUCUGGGUGAAACCCAGAUUGGACGAUGCUAGGAAGAGUUUGGGUCUGUCCGUCUGA